AAACGGAGGGAGGGACUCAAACGUCACCGCUGUCAGUUCUGUGACAAAUCCUUCACAAGAUCUGGAUAUUUAAAGAUUCAUCAGAGACAUCAUACUGGACAGAAGCCGUACACCUGUGACCAGUGUGGGAAAGCUUUCACUCAAUCAGGUGACUUAGAAAGACACAGACGUGUUCACACUGGAGAGAAACCGUACAGCUGUGACCAAUGUGGGAAAGCUUUCAGUAGAGGAGAUGAUCUAAAAGUCCACCAACGUGUUCACACUGGAGAGAAACCAUACAGCUGCGACCAGUGUGGGAAAACUUUCACUAGAUCAGGUAGUCUAAAAGUCCACCGACGUGUUCACACUGGAGAGAAACCGUACUGUUGUGGGCACUGUGGGAAAAGUUUCAUUAAAUCAGGUUCCCUUAUGAAACACAAACGUGUUCACACCGGAGAGAAACCAUACUGGUGUGAACAAUGUGGGAAAGCUUUCACUCAAUCAAGUGACCUAGACAGACACAGGCGUGUUCACACUAGAGUGAAACAGUAUAGCUAUGACCAAGGUGGGAAAGCUUUCACUGAGUCAGGUUUCCUAGAAAGACACAGACUUGUUCCCACUAGAGAUAAACCACACAGCUGUGAACGGUGUGCGAAAACUUUCUCUACAUCAUGGAAACUGAAAAUCCACCAACAUGUUCACACUGGAGAGAAACCGUACAGCUGUGACCAGUGUGGGAAAUCUUUUUCUCAUUGUAGUAACCUAAAACGCCACCAACGUAGUCACACUGCUUAAUUUUGAACAUUUUUCAGAGACAUGCUAGCUGUUUCCACCUGCCUCCUCUUCAUGCCCUGAUAGCAGAGUUUUUAUAUUCUGAGCUUCAGUAACAGUAACUUUCUAUUAUGUUAUCAAUGCUAUAACUAUAUACUGUCGCCCUCCCCAUUUCUUUUCUUUGUGGAAGUAAACUCUUGAGACUUUGUAUACCCCCCAAUAAAAAAAUAAAAAAUAAAAGUGGAGUCGGGUUUAAUCCUC